GGGGGAGAGGAUAAAUUCGUGCUGGGAAAUUGCUGAUACAGAGGAGUGGAAGAUCGUAUUUGAACUUGAUGUCUCUGUAAGAGGGGAUGACUUCCUUUCCCUUAGUACCAUUGGAGAUAAAUCAAGUCAUUGGGUUUAGAACUUGUGAUUUUUAAUUGUCUUUUUCUCCCUUUAGCCUGGAAAUGUGCCUGAGACUUAAAUUCCCUCAGGAGUGUUGCUUGUUAACAGCUCUAGGCAGGAGCCUGCAUCUCAUUGUCACUGCCAAGGAAGUGCUAAUGUAAAGGACAGGAGAGUGAAGCACUUCCCUUCUCAUGUUGCAGUAAAGUGGAAUCCCUCUCUUAGAUUACGCUUCAUGUCAGUAGCAAUGGACAGCAGCAGUUUUAUUCAGUUUGAUGUGCCCGAGUACAGCAGCACCGUUCUGAGCCAGCUAAAUGAACUCCGCCUACAAGGGAAACUAUGUGACAUCAUUGUCCACAUUCAGGGUCAGCCAUUCCGAGCCCACAAAGCAGUCCUUGCUGCCAGCUCCCCGUAUUUCCGGGACCAUUCAGCAUUAAGUACCAUGAGUGGCUUGUCAAUAUCGGUGAUUAAAAAUCCCAAUGUGUUUGAACAGUUGCUUUCAUUUUGUUACACUGGAAGAAUGUCCUUGCAGCUGAAGGAUGUUGUCAGUUUUCUGACGGCAGCGAGCUUUCUUCAGAUGCAGUGUGUCAUCGACAAGUGCACCCAGAUCCUAGAGAGCAUCCAUUCAAAGAUCAGUGUUGGCGAUGUUGACUCUGUUACCGUUGGUGCUGAAGAGACUCCAGAGAGUCAGAAUGGAGUUAAAGACGGCGGCUUCUUUGCCAACCCAGUUGAGAUCUCUCCCCCAUAUUGCUCUCAGGGACGGCAGCCCACCACAAGCAGCGAUCUUCGGAUGGAGACGACGCCCAGCAAAGCUUUGCGCAGCCGCCUACAGGAGGAAGGGCACUCAGACCGAGGGAGCAGCGGGAGUGUUUCCGAGUACGAGAUUCAGAUAGAGGGGGACCAUGAUCAAGGGGACCUGCUGGUGAGGGAGAGCCAGAUCACUGAGGUGAAGGUGAAGAUGGAGAAGUCCGACCGGCCCAGCUGUUCCGACAGUUCCUCUCUGGGAGACGACGGCUACCACACUGAGAUGGUUGAUGGGGAACAAGUGGUGGCGGUGAACGUGGGUUCCUAUGGUUCUGUGCUCCAACACGCAUAUUCCUUUUCCCAGGCGGCCUCACAGCCAGCCAGCGUAUCAGAAGCUUUUGGAAGUUUGAGUAAUUCCAGCCCAUCCAGGUCCAUGCUGAGCUGUUUCCGAGGAGGACGGGCCCGCCAAAAACGGGCUUUGUCUGUCCACCUGCACAGUGAUCUACAGGGCUUGGUGCAGGGUUCAGACGGUGAAGCUGUGAUGAAUAACCCUGGGUACGAGAGCAGUGCCCGGGAGAGGAGCGCCAGAGGUCACUGGUACCCCUACAACGAGAGGCUCAUCUGCAUUUACUGUGGAAAGUCCUUCAACCAGAAAGGAAGCCUUGACAGGCAUAUGCGACUCCAUAUGGGAAUCACCCCCUUUGUGUGCAAGUUCUGCGGGAAGAAGUACACACGAAAGGACCAGCUGGAGUACCACAUCCGGGGCCACACUGAUGACAAACCAUUCCGCUGUGAGAUCUGCGGGAAGUGCUUUCCAUUCCAAGGUACCCUCAACCAGCACCUGCGGAAAAACCACCCAGGAGUAGCUGAAGUCAGGAGUCGCAUCGAGUCCCCUGAGAGAACAGAUGUGUAUGGGGAACAGAAACUAGAAAAUGACCCAUCAGCCUCCGAGAUGGCCCUAGAUUCCCGGAUGGAAAUUCAUACAGUAUCCGAUGCUCCUGAUUAAGAUGGUAAAGAAGUGCACCCAAACAAAGCACAUUAAUCCAUGCAUAUUUGUGAUUUGCUUUGUUGUAAUCUUUAGUUUUCCCAACCAUCUGGAAAUCUCUUGGUCUCUUGGCAGUUUUUCUAAGGGUUCUGGAAGGAACACUUCAUUGUGUUUAUUCUUCGUCCUCCCUUCCCCAAGGAGCUCAAAGCAUGAAGGGCAUCAUAUCCAGGGAAAACACAGGCUGACAGUAUUCCUCUUUGGCUGAACUCUUAAUCCAAAAUCUGCCAGUGUUUAGCUAUGCCAACUGGUUGACCCUGUAUUCUCUGCCAAGAGGCAUACUCUCGCUGGGCCAUCAUGCACUGGCACCAGAGCAUCUCCAUGGAGAGGGACUAGGAUGCCAUCAGCCGAUAUAAAUGGGUAACCUUUUCUAAUUUAAAAUUACUUUUACGAAUAGUUAGACAAUUUAUAUAUAUAUAUAAUAAAGUGAUUAUUAUAUAUAUAGUAUAUAUAUAUACAUUCUCAAAUUUGGUUUUAUUCUGGUUGAGGUGAAUGUAAGAGGAAUAUAUAAUUUAAUACAAUGUGAACAGGGCUUUUGACUCUGUCAUCCCUACCUAAUAUGUUAGGGUUUUGCCCCUUUAUUUCCCUUAGAAAAGAAUGUUAAUAGGUUUUCAUAUACAUUAAUUAUGGUGUCCAAAAGCAAGCAAAGCAAAUCACAGUGUUCAUAGCUCUGCUUCCUAACAAAUACAUAAACCAAAUGCCAUAAAACCUACUCAACUCUGGUUGGAAACCAUUUGGAAUUUUUGUUAGUUGUCCAGUGGGUAAGCUGGAUGACCCGUGGUGCUGACCCUUUUUACAUAUUGUAGUGUUUUAUUAGCCAACCCCAAAGGAGCCGUGGUUUUCAGUGUUUUUACUGGCCUCCGAAUCUACCUUCAUUCCGUACUGUAGAAACAUACACACCAGGUAACUAAAUCGAAUCACUCUACCGUGAGUUACUACUCGCACUAAAGGAAAGGGAUUUGUAGUUCUGUCUACAAUAUUUUCCAAGCAGUGUUGUAGGGUUUUAUUUUUCUUCUUUCUCUUUUCAAACAGCCAGUUCAGGUGCACAGCAACUUUUUCUACAUGCAGUUCCCAGGGAAACUGCACAACUUGGAAUUUGUACUUUUGUAAAGAUAUACUCUAUGGGAAUUGCAAGCAAUAUAUCUAUCUUAGGAUUAUGUGUGCUAACGAGAGCCUCCGUGGCUCCCCCACUCUCAGUGUUUCCUGCUUAAAGAAACCAACAGUUAACAAGCCCUCUGAGAGCCUCUGUGUGUCACCAAAUCUGUGUGUGUCACCAUUUAUUUUUUUGGUCACGUGGUGCUAUCUUUAUGUAUCUUUUAGGUCAGUAUAGUUGUAGAAAAUGUGAAAUCUAAGGGGAAUAGUGAAUUUCAGUUUUUUCCCUCUCUUGAGUUUCUAGCUUGAAAAGAGACCUCAAAAACAUGUGCUGGCAAACACAUUACUGUAUGAAAACAUACCUGAGUCCUGUUGAAUAAUAUUUUAUUAGUGCUUUAGGAACUGUCUUCAGUUCUAUAUUUUGUCCACCCAUGGACUUUACAAGAUUGCUUUGGUACUGUAACCUCUGACAGUAAUUUGGUGAACAGUUUGGUGGUGGGUUUGUGCUGAAGGUUGGGAGUGGGAGGUCAGCUCUCCAUACACUCGGCCUGAGAGCCUUGGCUCUGAAACUCACGAGGUCGUCUCCUUGGGAGAACAGCACAAACCACCUGAGAGAAAAACGAAAUGGCAACCUCAGAGGCUAAGAGUUAAAGGAAAACAAAAAUAGGUGUUUGCUGGUUUUCCAUGCUUUUUUGACUCUUAAAAUACCAAGAAUGGUGGGGGUGUGGGGAUUAUUUUUUUGUUUUGUGGGGGUUAUUUUGAGAAAAAAUGAGUCAUUCAGGCCCCCGUGUGCGACAGUCCCAGGGACGGUGGCUGUGUGGCGGCAUCUCCUUAGCACACAGGAUCUGUGCACAUGGGGGCUGCUGCGCUCCACAUCAGUGUUACUACGUACAGUUCCGCUCGAGUCCUGCUGCUCCGGGAGCAGCUCUUGCUAAAUCGGGUAUUGUAUGCCUUUUUCCUGUCGAACUGCCUAAGUAAGGGGCCCGUCUCUCCCUGCAGCACUUGCUCAACCCCGUCAAAGCAGCCAGCCACAGGGGGAGGCUGGACCCCAGUGUUUACCCACUUAAAUAUGUCCUGGGGUUUCAGGUAAAUGUUUGUGAUUUAUGUUUCCUUACAUGAAUCAGUUUGGUUUUGAUUUUUUUUUUUUUUUAAGAAUGAAAUGCAAAAAAAUUGUUUUGUGAUACAAAAUUAGGUUGGUGGCAAGAAAUUCCCAAAUCGAGGACAUGAGAGGUGAGGCUCAGGGAAGGCACCUCCUUUCACUCAGGCUUGGGGCCUUCUGAGAGGUCCCCAGAGCAUUUUGUGAUUGAUCAGAAAGGCAAGGCAGGAGGGGAAGACACUUUGGGCGGGCACCUCCAAUGUCCUAGUUCUCGUCACCGUGUCUGUCUUACUGUUAUUUACAUGGAGUUCUUUGUAUUUGUCAAUUUGUUUAUCUGGUUUGAGUUUACCAAAGAGUGACUUAUCCAAAAUUGUCUUUGACAAAAAUAUACAUUGCUUUGAUUGUACAGUUCAGGUUCAGACAUUGUAAUGGGACUGUUAAGAGGCAGAAAAUUGAUUGAGUUUCCCUCGAGUAAUCGUAAUUCCACAUUUUGCAAGUUCCACUUGCUCCCAUUCAUGUUGCUAACACUUUACCCUUUCCACUGCUAGCAGUGUUAAGAAAGAAUUCUCAAGCCAUAACACAGUACUGUAAGGUUCCACAGGGCUUCGAGGGAGGCAGCGCAGAGGCCAGCACGCAGCCGUCGCCUCUGAGCGUGCGCACUGCCGUGCUUCUCAGUGUGCGUGGCGGGUGAAAGAUUACUCCAUUCAGAUCGGGCAGCAGCAAUACUUGUGCCUUGUCACAUGAGGAUGUGCCAGGAGGCUUAACGGGACCACAGAACAGAAACAUUCUCUCCCCGAAGUUCACCUCACGUCUCCGCAGACGAAGUACGCUGUGUAACUCCUUUUGGAAAGCAAAGUCCCUAUUUCUGUACAGUUUUAGAUUAGAUGUUUCAUUUAUAACAGAUGCAGAAAUCAAUUAAGAUAAAAGUGAUAUGUGAAGAAAUCUUUUACAGUAAAAUAUAUCCUGAGUUCACCUAGGUCUGUUCAUAAUUGAGUCUCUUCUUGAGCUACCUUUUCCAUACACAGGCAAUGUGAAGACAGCGACAGUGUCCUUUCCUAUAGAGUUUUACCUGUUAUUACAAACUGUGAAAACAAAGACUUUUAUACUUGUACUGUUUGUGGUUCUAAACAGUUAUUUUCAUUCUAAUCAGUUCUCUACCCUCUACUUUCUACUAAAGCUGUAAAUACAUUUAGAAAUUAUAUUUGUAAAUAUAGUAUAUGAAGACAAGUUAAUUUUUGGUCAAUGGGAAAAACCUCCCAGUUGACCCUGCCUUGGCAGGUUUUUUUUUGUGUGUGUGUGUGUUUUUUUUUUAAACAGCAGAGAAAGGAUACUGUCGGUUCACUGUUAAGCAGAAUAUACUGUAGAACUAAAUUGAUCAUUUUCAAUCUUCCAGAGCAUGAGUAGGUGUCUUUUCUAACGAUAGCAGUUCUAACCAAGUCUUUGUUUCCCCUUAGCCCAGACCAUAGGCCUGCAUAUUUUUUUGCCUGUGGUUUUGUUUUUGCUUUUGUUUUUACAGCCUAGGCUCUAGGAAGAAUUUACAGGAACACAAAACAAGGGCUGAGGGGGGAAGUCAUCUAUGUGAAUAAGCUUUACUUUAAAGAAAUCAGUGUAUUUUAUUUUAACAACCUUUUCUAUUAGUUACUGUGAUUUUGUUGUCGUCGUCGUCGUUAUUGUUAAAUUCUGUAAUGGUUUCCUGUGAAGCCUCCACUGAAAGGGACUCAAAUAUGCAACACCUAAACUCUUUUCCAAGGGCACACGGCCCUUGGAUGGUGCUUCUAGACUGGUCAGGGUUAUUUAUUAAAUUUUAUAUAUGAAAGUAUUGGGGAACUAUGUAAAUUCUUUAUAUGAAACUAUCUAGUUCAUAAAUCAUAGAUUUCAUAUUACUCAGUGCAACUGAACUAAGAGUUCAGAGGAGUCAUUCACAUUGUUCCAAAUUUGUAAUGGUUGUCACACGCCACAUACGUCUUUUCAGUAAGUGCCAGGGUGUUUCCACUGUUUCUGCCCAGUGCUUGACCUCUUGGCCCGGAAGAGAACCUGUGUUCUCUGGGUCUGCACAGACAGGGCUAUUGUAGUUCUUGAUCAAGUCCUGGAGUGAGCCUUGCAGCAGAUUCAGUACAUGGACCUUUUGCUGCCCCUCAGUGACAAGUAUGCUGUGAAUUCAACCAUUGGACUUGCUGUGCCCAAGCCUUUGGUUGCUGCCCUGACUAUAGUAAAAGGUAAACUUACCUAGUUUCUUUGAGAAUGACCAUUUUCCUAAUGUGAAAACCAUCUAUCUCUCUCACCACUUUUAUUAGUAGGGCUAACUUUUUUUCCGUUAUAAAUGGUUGAGCAAUUUGAAUGACUUAACAGUGUCAUUAUCUUGCAAUAUAAACUGGUAACCUCACAACUCCACACUUCAUCACCACAUGAAGUAAAUGAAGCUAGCUAAGCGGAUGCUGUAUCAACUAGUAACUUGCCAUUAAGGAUUAUUUUAUAGCAUGAAUUUAAGACUUAUUUAUUCAAAUGAUAUUUUACUCUUGUAUUCAUUUUGUUUCAGAUUUGUGACAUGAAUAUUUCAGUGCUGCUUAAUUUUGUUCUGAAUUCUUGUUUCUUGCUUGUAAAUGGCUUUUUUAUGGUAUAAAUAAAGUCCAUGGAAAUUGCUGUUUGUAAAUAAAAAUGCUGCUAGAGCAAA